GGCGUUUACACUUCUUUAGUCAUCACUGCCAUAUUUCUUUCAUUAUCUAUGGAUUCAUACACAGUCAAAUGACAUUAAAUCUUUGAAUCUUCUUUCUUUCCUUUCUUCUUAUUAUCGUUUAUUGUUGAUCUCCUCAUGAGGCCCAAUAGUCUGAGGAGAUGAUGAAAACCACGAAGUGAUAUCAAGCAUGAGUUGAAGAAGAGUCCGCCGGCCCUCAAAGUCGUGAACUGAUUUUUAAUGUCAUACAAGCUGAGUCAAGAAUGCUGGUACCCCUCAUUAGCAGUUGGCUUUGGGUAGAGAAUAGGAGUGAGAUCCUUCACACCCUCCAAGAACAAGUUCAAAAGCUCUGGUACGAUUGGGAGCUUCAAGUGUUAAUUCUACUCAGCCUCUUCUUUCAAAUCCUCCUCAUCUUGUUGGGUGACCGUCGAAAGCACAUUGCUGGAAAUAAGAUAGGGUUCAUUAUUUGGAUUGCCUACUUGUCUGCAGACUCAGUGGCAACUUUUGCCCUUGGCAUCCUCUCCAAAACUCAAGGGAAACUACAUACUCAUACCGACGAACUCAGGGCCUUCUGGGCACCAUUUCUUUUGUUACACCUUGGUGGUCCAGAUACUAUCACUGCCUAUGCAUUAGAAGAUAAUGAACUGUGGUUGAGGCACUUGCUUUCACUACUUGUCCAAUCUAGUGUGGCAUUUUAUGUGAUCUUCAAUUCCUGGACUGGUAUUACUCCAAUCUCAAUUCUAACAAUAUUAAUAUUUGUUAUUGGAAUUAUCAAGUAUGGGGAGAGGACAUUGGCUCUUAGGUCAGCAAGCAAGGAGAACUUCAAAGGCUCUAUGCUUAGUGCCCCUGAUCCAGGACCUAAUUACGCCAAAUUCAUGGAACGCUAUGUUUCUAAGCAAGGUGAAGGGUUCAUAGUGGACAUAAAAAGGAUUGGCGAAGCUCGUAGCCUUCAAAAUUAUACCUCUGGAACAAUGGAAGAAGAAGACACUGGCAAUGCUGCUGGUGAUCAUCAUGCAGAAGAUGAUGAGAUUUUGCUAAUUAUAAAAGCACAUGACUUGUUUGAGACAUUCAAGCGUCUCUUUGCGGAUCUCAUACUCAGCUUUCGUGAUGGGGAGGAGAGCAAAAAAUUCAUCAUCCAACAAAACUCAUCACCAGAGAAAACUUUCAGAGUUCUUGAGAUUGAACUUGGAUUCAUGUUCGAUGUUCUUUAUACUAAGGCACCCAUAGUUUACACACGAAGAGGUGGCUUACUCCGAUCACUCUGUUUCUGUCUAAACAUCUCUGUUCUUGUUCUUUUCACAACACUAGUUGGGGUUAAUCCGAAGAAGCACAACCAAUACUCAAACGUUGACAUAGUGGUUACUUACCUAUUGCUAAUUGUGGCCAUUAUCUUGGAAGUUUAUGCGUUAAUCAUUCUUCUAUCCUCGGAUUGGGUGUUGCUCUGGCUGAGCAAGAAGCACAACAAGGCAUCAUCAAUGUGUGCUGAUAUACUCCAGAAAGGGCGACUACUGUGCAAGAAAAAGAAAAAUAGAUGGUCUAAUUCCAUGGGACAAAACAAUCUGAUAUGUUUUUGCCUCAUAGACAAUGAACGCAUAAAGUUUAUUAUGGAACUUGUGAAGCUCACCAAUGUAUUGGAAAUGCUAGAGAUGUACAGGUAUACUUCUUUUGAGGUUGUCCCUGAUAAGCUGAAAGAAAUGAUAUUCGAACGGCUCAAGAGGAAGUUAGAAGCAGGGAAUGCCCCCACAGAUGAUACUAAUGAUGUGAAACACUUGAGCACAAGUGGGGCUUAUCUCCAGAAGCUGCUUGGGUGGAGUAUAGUUGAUGUUGAAUUUCACCAUAGCAUUCUUCUUUGGCAUAUUGCUACUGAUCUUUGUUAUUAUGAUCAGCAUCACCCCAACUCACCUCCACUACCACCACCACCACCACCACCACCACCACCACCUCCUCCUCCUCCUCCAUCUCCACCUCUACCUGACAUGUGCAAGCUCUUAUCAGAUUAUAUGUUGCAUCUUCUUAUUGCACAUCCUUUUCUGUUGCCUGAAGGGAUUGGACAGAUCAGAUAUAGAGAUACCAUUGCAGAAACCAGAGAGUUUUUCAAGGGAAAAAAAUCAGGUGGUUUGACAGAAGAAAAUGCUCGUAACAUGUUGCUUGAGGUGAACACAGAAAUUAAACCUGAUGAAGUGAAAGGAGAUAGAAGCAAGUCUGUCCUAUUUGAUGCAUGUAGGCUUGCAAAGAGUUUGCUAUCAUUGAGAAUAGAGGAGAGAUGGGAAAUAAUGACUACUGUUUGGGUGGAUACGCUGGCAUAUGCUGCGAGUCAAUGUAGAGGGGCAAACCAUGCCAAACAACUUAGUCGAGGUGGAGAACUUAUAACUCAUAUAUGGCUUCUCAUGGCACAUCUUGGUAUAACACAACAAUUCCAAAUUUCUCAAGGCCAAGUGAGGGCUAAGUUGAUUUUUAACUAACAAGUCAAUUAUUUAAAAAAAAAAAAAAAUGAUUGCCUUAUUUUUGGAUUCUAAUUUGUUUUCUUAUGGAAAUUUCAAUUCUGAUCUUGAACUUUUGAUAGUGUGGUUGUAUUUGAGUAUCCUUGGAAUUACCUAUACAUAGCUAUUUUGAUACC